UGAGACGGCCCUUGUCCGUCGUGUUUAAAAAAGUUCAGGUUUUUUCGACCCCUCUGUUGCCUCAAACCGCAAUAUCACGCGACACGUGUUCUAAAAAUUAAUUCUGAAGUUCUUCGAAAAAUGUCGGAAGUGAGCUUGGGUAAUUAUACCCUCCGUCCUUGAAGUCGCGCGGGAGAAAGACAAACUUAACACCCCGAAGAGUUCAUGUUUUCAACAUUAAUGUUGACAGCCUUCACCCACGUGAUGAGGAAUAUACGGCGGGUGGCCUAGCCGCGGUCAUGACGGAUUUAUGCAGCUAUAAGCAGCCGGCCUAAUCCACAUAAAUACACCAGAUCGAACGUUCUCACGCAUUAGGGACACGCAUUAAGAAGUUUAGCAUUACCUGUUGUGUACAUACCCCGAUCAAGUGGAAGGAAGCGUUGAACCACGGUGGUCCUAGCCGGGCGGAUGCAACAGGUACAUAAACUAGUUGCGUGGGAAACCACUUGCUCUGGGGGGUAGUGCGUCGUGGGAUUGUCCAUCCAGUCAAAAGCCAGUACUUACACGCAAGGUCAGCUGGAAAAACUGAAUCUUAUGCCAGAAAUCACAAGCCGACGCUGGAGAUUCCUGGGUUGAUUCAGUCAGCGGUGUUCAAAGCUGGGGGCUUUUCGUAAGUGUUUCGUGGAAAAAAAAGAUUUGUUUGUUUGCAUCUUUCUGAUCGUUUGCUUCGCCCAUCCCCUAGCCCUGUUAGCUGGGAGCAAGGAACUCUCUCCUUGCGGACUGACGACUGUGGACGGAACAUUGCACCUCAUGCAAGACAUAUGCACGUUGCUCCACCAAAAAUCUGAUAAUGUGGACAGCAGUGAAGCACGAGCAGGGAAUGUCACCACCUGCACCAGCAAGAAGAGGACAUGGGACGACUGUACCAGUGCAGGACCAUUCGUUCCAAACCUCUUGGGCCUCCGAGCGCCGAAUGACCGGUGGCAAGAUUUACUGCACGCGGUCAAAGGUGGUCAGCUGCCGUUUAUCUCGGUUAAUUCUCCAGUGGCUUGUUUUACUGUCUCACAUGUAUUCCACGCAAGGUUUGUCUGAGUUACGGCAUCAGCUGACGGACACAAGCUUAAACACGACUGCGGAGACCAGCAGUUCUCAUUGGAGUGAGUACGGGCUAUGGAGCGCUUGUAACGGCAACUGUAGUUACGCUAUUCAGUACCGAGACAGGCGUUGUUUAAAUCAAAGAAAUGAUUUCCUUGACUCGAGGUUUUGCGUGGGUUCCGCCAGGCAGUACAGAAUAUGCAGAACGGAGCUCACACAGCCCUGCCCAAAUCCAAUGGUUCUGCGAUCUGAGCUGUGCACGGCGCACCGCGAGUCCAAUGUCACGUGGCAGGCGUACUCGCAUCCUUCAGUGGGCACUUGCCAGGUGGCUUGUUACGCACGCAAAGUCAAAGCGUCCACACGGGCUUACACAGUCUUGGACCAGGGGCUGCCAGACGGCACACCCUGCUCCAAGUACAGAGGCUGUGAUUGGUGGAAUCGUGUCAGCCAAUCACAGGGCAUCUGCCUGCAGGGGCAGUGCUUGGAUGUGGGCUGUGAUGGCACCAUUAAUUCCACCAAGGCUCUGGACUCGUGCGGGGUGUGCGGAGGAGACGGGUCGAGCUGUCGCAUCGUGUCUGGCAGAUUCACAGAGACAUUGCAAGGAGUUUCCACUGAGGUGGUUGAGAUACCAGGGGGUGCUUUCAACGUCAGAGUAUACGAGGUGGAGAAAAGCAGAAACCACUUGGCUAUUACAGAUGAGACGGGAAGGCCAGUUUUAAACAGCUUUCUUGGAAUCUGGAACCCUGGUCGUUAUGAGGUUGCGGGUGCCACGGCCACCUACAAGCGCUGCGGGGUCAGCCGCUUUAGUCCCGGUCAUUAUGAGGAGAUUCUCAUCCAUGGAGCUACCAGUGUCAAGAUCAUCAUAUCGAUCUUGAGUCGAGAGAAGUAUACACCGGUUCAUGUUGCUUACCAAUAUAGUCUACCGUUGCCAAGGUCUCAUGGUUCUCAAACAACUGCUUCUCCUACAACAUCUGUGACAUUAGAGGUUACAACAGAGGUGGCAGAAGUAAUAGAGUUGAUGACAACUCUGGCAACUGAGGAGUCUUAUUCGAGCGGUACCCCGUUUGCCAGACAAGGGCACCAGAAUAUGCAUAAUGUCAUUGCUGUCAAGACACUGUCAUACAGUGAUGAUGAAACUGAGGCUGAUUCUGGAUCGCAAGGUACCAGUGACCAGCUACCGUCUUUUUCCCAGGGCAGGAGCAAAACAUCCUUUUUAGAGCACAGCACAUCCACAGAGGUUACGAAACCUGCAGCUGUGGACAAAACAGAUAUGUACAUGGAAAUUCAGAAUGAAUCCAGUGGAUAUAAACAGAAUGUGGAUACACCGGACUCAGAGGAUACACUUGAGAACACACUACCUGAGAACGGAAACUCAACUUCGCUCCACGAAAGACCGUCAACGCUGGCAAAACCAGCAGAUAUGUUUUCAGAAACUCAAGGAAAUGAUCCUUGGGUGGAGAAUGUUGGUCCUGAGGACAAACAAGGCAUUUUACCGGAGUUAGAAACUUCUGGACAUCUUGAUGAAAGUCGAGGACAGACUACCCUCAAGCAGACAUCGCAAUACAUCAGCAGUGACAGCUUUGUUCCUGAGAACAGCACUCAAAUCAUUCCAGUCACAGCUGAGCCACCCCUUUCCCUUGAUCCAGAACAGCCAGCAAACUCAACAGUGGCUAGCAGCAUCCCAAGCUCUUCCCCUUCCAGUGGGCAGACAGACUCUUUAGAAAAUGACCUGUUCCAGAACAGAGAUGGAAACCCGUACGUAACUCGACAUCAAGAUGAAGGGAGGGGUUCGAGGUCGUUCUCAGAGCCGACAAAUAUACCAGCGACCUCUACACAAAGAACAAUCACAGAAAAAGAUUUGGAUGACUUACCAGACUUUCCGCUUGAGCACCGGCCCAGCAUGGUCGAGUCCACGGAGCUGCUAUUCGGUGAGGUCCCACAGAUAAUGGAGCUCAUCAAGCCGUCCCCUGAGAGCCUGGGACAGGCUGCCCAUCCCUCAACUGCUUCAGGGGCUACGUCAAUUGUCAUCUCCAGAGGGGAUGUACCCGAGGAAGAAAGGAGGGUAAAACCACGCUACCUGUGGGCCAGGACAGGAGUGGCUCCCUGCAGCACCACCUGCACAAGAGGAAUGAGUCGGUCCUAUGCUUACUGCACCCUUAAUGGGGAACAGGUUCCAGACAACCUGUGCGACCCUGCCUCCAAGCCUGAAGUGGUGGAGAGGGAAUGUGGAGGGAAGCCCUGUGAACCAAGGUGGGCCGUGGGCAGGUGGAGUCAGUGCACAGUGUCCUGCGGCACGGGCGCUGUCUACCGCACUGUCCACUGCUGGCUUAUGAUUGCGCCGGGGCUGGAUACCAGCAUCAGCAACGCCUACUGCAACCAGUCCAACGUACCAGACAGCGUGGGUACCUGUACCCAGAGCCCCUGUGGACCUCAGUGGCAAAUAUCUGAUUGGUCAGAGUGUUCUGUGGCAUGUGGAGAAGGGACACAGACCAGAGAGGUUCAUUGCUCUGCAGAGGAUGGAUCCUGCAACCCGACAUUGAAGCCCUCAACGACGAAACGGUGUUUUAUACCAACAUGCCCCAGUGAGUGGACGACCUCACGAUGGAGCCAAUGCCAGGGCCCGUGCACCAUCCAACACCGUCGUGUUGACUGCGUUAAUUCCAGAGGCAUCAUUGUCGGGGCCAACACCUGCCCAACUGACAGCAAGCCGUUGUCUCACAGGCUGUGUGGGGAGGGAUGCCCUGCUCAGUGGGUUGCCCAGAGCUACGGCCCGUGUCUUGGAGACUGUGGAUCCACUGUCCGCAGGCGGAGGGUCAUCUGUGCGGCCACCAGCGCCGUCAGUGGCCGCAUGCAGGUGCUGGCUAACUCGGUCUGCUCGGCCUCGCAGAGGCCCGGCACUGAGACCAGCUGUCAGCUAGUCAGCUGCCAGUCGCGGCCGACACGGAGGCGACGCCAGACCCCGCAGUGGUUAACUACACCCUGGUCUGUGUGCUCAGUGACCUGUGGCAACGGCCGGCGAACCAGACAGGUCACCUGUAACCGCAAGCGCAACCAGUCCCAUCUGAACUGUAACAAGGACAAGGAGCCCGACAGCUGGGAGCCCUGUGCCAUGGGUGACUGCCCCACUGUCAAUCCAGCAUGUUCAGACAGCCCCAAAGCCGACUGCAACCUGAUCCGCCGAGCCAACCUGUGCCGCUACGACAGCUACAGACGAUCCUGCUGCCUCUCCUGCAGUCCAUGAAGAGAAGCCAGAUUUUUAAAGUUUUGUAAAAAGAACACUGUAAUUUUAUGUAAACUCAUUUUAAUUUUAUUAUGGUGAUGGUAAACGGUAUUUAUGUAGUGCUUAUGACAGGAGUACCGGUAAUUAUUUUUUUACAAAUGAGUUGCUGAUUCUGCUCGUAGAAUGUUUCCGUACAUCACUCCAAGUAUACUCAGUUAAGAACAAGCUAACUCAAGAAACAGAAUAUUACUGGAAAUAGUGACACAGCGGUUGAAAUUUCCAAGAGUUUUCACAUUUCAUGUCUAUGCCUUUAGACACAUUCAAGAUUACGUUUUCUGGUGUAGUUUGCACAACUGUCCCAUUUGUCCUAAUUAAAGUUCUACAAGUUUGAACAACUGGCAGAUGUAGUUAUAGGCUUUGCUAGGAUUUUGUCGGAGUUGGCAGGACUCCAUUUUCUUAGUUGAGGGAGGGGGAGGGGAGAGAUGAAGAAAACUUUCAUCAGCACCAAACAGAGGAGCCAUUAACAGUGAGAGGGGGUCAACUCCAAGGUCAUUUGAAAAGAAUUGGUGAUUUUUAUUCCCUUUUUCUUUUCUCUCGCUUUCUCUGCUUUUCCCCUUUUUAAAUUUUCCUUUUUUUUCCAGAAGUGGGCAAUUUGCCCCACCCCCCUCCUGAUUCCAACAUGGCCAAGUCUUUAUGAAUGUUUAGCCUAACAUCCUCAAGCAUUGUAGCUAUCGGAACUUUUCAAGAUCUUCCAAAAUCAAUCCCCUUGUAAAGUGAUGAUGAGUGACCUCCAUCAUCCUCAGUCUUGUAAAAUCCUCUCAACUUCCUGGUGGAUUUGAAGGACCUUGGAGUGCAAGGGUCAGAUUUCUUAAGUCACAGUACCGCUGUGGGAUAAACUACUUGCUCAGACUUAAAUCGAGAUAAAAAAUUAGAACAGGUGUGUCCCGAAUCUGAAACUUAGUGCAUGAGGUAAAAAUAGAUCCGUUAAAAAAAAACCUGUUGUAAAAACACUGUAUCAAAAGAUUCCCCUGAAGCUGGGCUUUGUUUUUCCAUGUCCACAUUAUACCAUUCUGUGAUGUGCAUUGAUGGUUAGCCCCUCUAGUGUGGCACGGACUCUCACUCCCGAUCUAAGGAUGUAUCGGGAGAGUCCAUGUCACACUAGUGGGGCUAAUUUAUGGUCAUCUACCCUUACCUUUAGGGUGUGUGAAAAACUUGUGUGUGAAAAAAUUGGAGGAACUGCAUCUGCCGGGGUUAAGAAACACUGGCUUCACAUCUGUUAAACAGUAACUCCCAGGUCGUGUAAAAAAAAAAUAAAAAAAUUGGGUGACUGAGGGUUUGUGUUUAAAAACACAGGAUGUGCCCCAUGGCGGUGUGAAAAAUCAUAUUGAAAUAGGGAGAUGAGGUUCUUAGGGCUGGGAAACAUAGGAUGUGCCACUACAGUGUACAAAAUCUUAAUUAUUGAAAGAGGAUGUACACUGUGGUGUGUGAAAAAAUAUUGAAAUUGAAAGGCUGGAUGUUGAUGGAGUUAAAAACAUGCUAUGAUGUAGGUGCUUAAAAUAGAAAUAUCACAUUUCCUCCACAUAUCUCUCCUCAAAUCAUUAUUUUGUGAUAACGUUUUUUAAUCUGCAGGAUGUGAUACUGAUGUACCUAACAGUUUCAAAUUCUCUCUGCAUGAUUUUCCCAAAGACAGUGUAAGUCAGAAAUGCAACAGCACGCGGAUAACAUCAUUAUCUCCACAGUGCCCCUUGGCCCCGCGAGCCCCCCAUAAUCGAAUCAUUUCUGCUAAUUAUCAGGAGCACAACACGGCCGGCCGUGGGCAGCCAGGCUCAAAAUAAGCCCAAACCGAAGACAGUCUCUUGUGCCAUGGAGCCGGGCGAAAAUUAAGUUUGAAGAUUUUAUGCGAGAUAAGAAUGAUUCGAUAUAGCCAUCCGCCCACGAGAGCCACAAAAUGUUCAGGAAAUUGGGUGGAGAAAAUGGAGUAUCGCAGUGUGUGUGAUAGACAAAAUGACAUGUCAGCCUUGCUACACCACAAUCCCGCAAAAUGAUCACGAAAAUACCCAUUUGAUCUUUGUGGGAAUACCAGUGAUGAAACUGAUAUGUUACCCACUAGUUUCGGUAACAUUUUCGAGACACAUUGACAGCCUAAUUUGAAAAUAACCAUAAACUGAAAUUAGGAAAAAAGUAGAUCCAACGGGAUUUGAAUUUGUGCGCCUUGUCACAAGUUUGUUCCUUGUAUUUUUUGCAGAAUGUCAGCUUCAGUGUCGUUCAUUUGUAGUUAAUCUUGAACAGUGACUUGUUUAAUUCACAAGUGUUUCAAUCUGUCUCUCGAAUUUCAUAUGAUUUUAAAAUCUUUCCUAUGUGUUUGCCAAUUUCAGGAGAUUUCAUCAACAUCUCAGUCUAUUUCGUUGUCACAAUUGUCCAGUUUCAUUCCAUGAACUCUCUGGAUAUAUCCAAGGUUAAUGUUUAUUUCCUUCAGCCACCUGCAUUAUUACUGCAUCAAUUGACAUUUGGACUCAAUUGUGGGGAGAGUUAAUGCAGAAACCAACCUGUAAAUUCUUCCAUUUCCUUGUGAAAGACCAAAGUAAACAAGUAAGUGGUAAAUCAUUGAUUGAGUAUGCGUAGUUGCCACAUUAACAGUGUUACAGUUUUAGAUUAAUGUGUGACCAGUGUAAGAAUAUGGAUUUGAUAUUGUACCGUGUUAAAUAUUAAAACGCUUCAAGUUGAAUAUGGA